AUGUUGUUUCUAACUCCACCUCUCACUAAUCUAAUUUCUCCUUCGAUUAUGUCCUUCUUAACCAAUUCAAAAUCCCCAUUAGUUUCGAAUAAGCACUUCAUUUCUAACCCCUUCUCAACUUCUCAGCGGGAUUGGAAUCGGGAAGUUUCCCAGUUUAGUGAAAUUCACCGGAGAAAUCUGCUUCCUUGGAGAAAGAAGAACAAAGCAAUUGUAAUUCCUGCUGCUGAGGGGCUGAAUGGCAAUAAUGUUACGGCUCAAAGAAGAAAAGUAGUUGAACAUAUAUGCUUGAUUAAAGCAAAAGAUGAUCUUUCUGAUGAGCAGGAGAAAGAUAUGCUUGAUUACUUAUACACCACCCAAUAUCACAUGCGUGGCAUCGUCGCUAUUUCCCUAGGUCGUGUAUCUGAUAAAGAGAAUGCAAGCUAUACCCAUGCUAUCUUCAUGCGCUUCCAGAAAAAGGAGGAUCUAACCCGGUUCUAUGACAACCCAAACUAUGUUGGGGUUCUUACAAAACAUGUGUUUCCUCACUGCCAUGGUAUUUUAAAUGUGGACUAUGAAUCUGAAGUGGAAGAUGACAUCUUGCCAAUUUUCCGGAAAGGAGAGGAGUUCAACUAUGGUGUUGAGUUUUUGCUUCUGAUGGCAUUUUAUAAGAACUCAUUGGGGGGACCAGCUGAAGAGGCAAUGGCUGCCCUGGCAAAGCUGACAACAGAGUUGCCUUCCUUGAUUGUUCAAGCUACUAAAGGUUCAAACUUCAAUCCUGACAAUUCGGGCUAUUCUCAUGCAAUAGCAAUACGAUUCCGAUCAUCCGAGGCCUUCGAGAUGUUCAUUGAAUCUUCUGAGUAUAAUGACAUUUGGCAAUCCAAGUUUCAGCCCAUUACUGAAAAGUCCAUUUCUCUUCAUUUUUCCGUGGAUCCUGUGGGCACAGAGCUUAUGUAG